AUGGAGGCCCAACCGGAGCUUGUGAAUCAAGCAGAGGCUGAGAGCAAAGCAGCCAGGCUUACUAAAACACCUCUUGCCGCGCAGAGGGAAAGAACGGGAAAGUUAACUUUGAAAGAUGUCAGACAGUAUUUCAAUCUUCCCAUAGAUGAUGCGGCUAAAAAAAUGAAUAUAUGCCCCACUGUCAUGAAGAAGAUAUGCCGCAGAGAUGGGUUGUUACGUUGGCCAUACCGAAAGAUAAAAAGCAUUGAGAAGAAAAUUUCAAAGAAAAAAGGAAGUUUAGCUGCUAUUGAUGUCAAAGAAAGGGCAGGGACACAAGCGGACAUAGAGAGCCUUCAACAAGAACUUGCCUCUAUAUUUGUAGGAUAUAGUGGCUGA